AUGGAGAUCAAAGUUGAGAUGAUCAAUAGAGAGGUAAUAAAACCUUCCUGUCCAACUCCCCAUCAUCUUAGAUGCUUCGACCUCUCCCUUUUAGAUCAGUUACUACCCGAAAAUUAUAUAUCAGUGGUGAUAUUCUACUCAAACAACCCUUGUGAUCUUCCCCAUUUCAAGGCCGUUGAUAUAUCCCAUAGGCUAAAGACAUCAUUGUCUGAAACCCUGCGUCGUUUCUAUCCACUUGCUGGGAGAGUAAAAAAUAAUGUCUCUAUUGAGUGCAACGAUGUUGGCGUUGAUUAUUUGGAAGCACGAGUCAAUUGCCAUCUCUCAGACAUUCUUGAACAACGUCCCGAACAGAAAAUGUUGUACCACUUUCUUCCGAAAGUGACUGAACCUAUGGAUCAACCAAGCUUGGAACCUUUGGUUCUAGUUCAAGCUAGCUUCUUUGAAUGUGGUGGAUUGGCCAUUGGUGUGUGUGUUUCCCACAAGGUAGCCGAUGCAGCCACGACUAGCAUGUUCACUAAUAGUUGGGCUAGCGCGGCUCUUGCCGCGUCUGGUGAAGCAGUGCUGCCUCCGGAAUUCAGUGCCGCAUCUCGCAUACCUCCGAGACAUAAAUUGCCCUCACUAGCCAUGAGCUUGGCGAACGAGACGACUGUUUCAAGGAGGUACGUGUUUGAUGCACCAAAGAUUGAUGCUCUCAAGACAAAAGCCGCCAGCGCCAACGUUCUACAGCCCACACGCGUUGAAGCAGUCUCAUCUCUUAUUUGGAAAUGUGCAAUAACCGUCUCAAGAUCAAAACGCAAGUUUCUAUUGCCAUCUAGACUGACCCAAGCGGUGAACAUCCGCGAAAGGCUUACUCCGCCCUUUCCUAAAAAUGCUUUUGGAAAUCUCGUGUGGUUUUAUCGGCGAGAGACAACAGACAAUGAGAUACAGUUGCAUCGGUUGGUUACUGAGUUAAGGAAAGGAAAAGAAGCUUUUAGUGAAGAUUAUGCAUCAAAGUUAUCUGGGGACGAGGCUUUCUCUGUGGUUAGUCCAGAUAUCAAACAUCUUAGUAGUCUUUUCGCCUCAGAGGGUAAUACAGACCACAUUUUCAUUUCCAGCUGGUGCAGAUAUCCACUAUAUCAGGCUGACUUUGGUUUGGGGAAGCCAACAUGGGUGACUAUGGGUAAUAAUAUAAUGUUCAAGAAUUCCAUAUUUAUGAUGGAUACGAGAGAUGGCAGCGGAAUAGAAGCUUGGAUUACUCUUAGUGAAGAAGACAUGGCAUUAUUUGAACAAGAUAAAGAUCUGCUUGAAUUUGCAUCUUCCAACUCAACUGUCCAGGAUUAA